ACUAGAAUUGAUUGAUUUGAAACGUAUCAAACUUGUUGCUGUCAUUUUUAGUUUGAGUCGCCUUUACUCCGACGAGUCAUGUCUUCUGGCGGCGGCGACGGCGGUGGCGGAAAGUUAUACUUCUGCCACAAUUGCACUCAAAGAGUUACCUGCUCGGAGGAUUCCGAGCCUUUCUGUCCAAUCUGCUUCCAAGGUUUCAUCGAAGAAUGUACUCCCGAUCCAAACCCUAACCCUAACGUCAUUUUCCGUUUCAACCAAGACGAUUCCGAUAACGAAUCCGAUUUUCCCUUCCAUCCGUUCUCUCUUCUCCCUUUGUUGCUUUCUUCUGCUUCCAUUUCACGGACCCGGCUCGAAACCGCCGAACCGGAGAACGAUAAUUUCGACCCGAUCACUUUCCUUCAGAAUCAUCUUAACGGCCUUCAUGCUGAUGGUGCUAAUAUUCAGUUCGAGAUCAAUCAAGGUUCUGAUUCCGAAUCAGGGUUUCGUGUUCCGUCUAACAUGGGGGAUUACUUCCUUGGCCCUGGUCUCGAGCAAUUGAUUCAGCAGCUUGCUGAGAAUGAUCCUAACCGGUAUGGAACACCGCCGGCGUCGAAAGAGGCUGUUCAGAAUCUUCCGAGUGUUACUGUUGAUGAUGAGUUGUUGAACUCGGAGAUGAACCAGUGUGCUGUUUGUCAGGAUGAGUUUGAGAAGGGUUUGCAGGUGAAGCAAAUGCCUUGUAAGCAUGUGUAUCAUGAUGAUUGCUUGCUUCCGUGGCUUCAAUUGCAUAACUCGUGCCCUGUUUGUCGAUAUGAAUUGCCUACUGAUGAUGCGGAUUAUGAGAACCGGGAUGGGAGCAGUGGUGGUGGUGGUGAUGGUUUGAGGUCUGUUGUUGAUGGGAGCGGUACUGGUGGUGGUGGAGGAGGAAAUAGACCUGUCCACAGGACUUUUAGAAUAUCUUUGCGGUAUCCUUUUGAUUCUGGUAACUCUGAUCAGGACUCUGAUGGAAGGGGAUUGGGAAAUAGGCAAGAAGAUUUGGAUUGAAAAUUCAUGUCCAUGGUGUUUCUGCAGGUAUGAUUUGGCGUUUAAAACUGGAAUUGGGAACAGUCACAUGCAGCUGAGGGUGUCCGUGAAUAGUAGAUUACUUGCAUUAUUAUGUCUAUAGAAGUUCUUGUAAGCCCUUGGCUGGUAACUUUGUCCAAUUUUAAAGGUCUUUUUUCCAAUUUUUUUGGAUGGCUGGAAUAUGGUAUUUUGUGUCGGUAUACAGUUGUUGAGAUUUUAGGUAUGCUAUCCAGAGUUGGUAGCAAAUUUUCCCUGUUUUGUGUACAGAUCAUCUUCCUCAAGUGUCCAAUGUUAAUUGUUAUCCUUUA